UGACGUUUUAAAUUACGGCGGGGAGAAUCAAAAACCGUGAACCAAAACGACAACGACGUAGUCUAGUAGAGGAACACGUAAAGGAUGCAAAGGGCUAGCCGUCUGAAACGAGAGCUCCAGCUGCUCAGCGCCGAACCUCCACCCGGGAUCUCAUGUUGGCAGUUAGACGGUCGAAUGGAUGAUCUCCAGGCCCGUGAGUAUGAAGAGUUUCGGUGUUUUACAUGCGCUAGCCGUCUUAUUUCCUCUCGGGGCGGUUUGUUUGGUUUUGUGUUUAGCAGCAAUGCUCUCCUGAUGACAGAAAUUGUUGGAGGUGCGAACACUCCGUAUGAAGGUGGAGUGUUUUCAUUGGAAAUAAAGAUACCCGGCAGGUAUCCAUUUGAACCUCCUAAAUUGCGGUUUCUGACCCCCAUCUACCAUCCAAAUAUCGAUAAUGAUGGUCGUAUUUGUCUUGAUGCAUUGAAAAUGCCACCCAAGGGAGCGUGGAGGCCCUCACUCAACAUUUCCACAGUGCUGAGCUCUGUGCAGCUUCUCAUGUCGGAGCCUAACCCAGAUGACCCGCUAAUGGCAGAUAUUUCAGCCGAAUUUAAAUACAGCAGAGCAGUUUUUUUGGAAAAGGCACGUAAAUGGACAGCGAAAUAUGCAACACAAAAGAUUAAGUGUGAUGUGGAGACAGAGCAGAAACCUUCUGAAGAUGGAAGCAUAAAAACGUCCAGAAAGAGAGAAGCACUCUCUGCUCAGGAGAAUCUGGAACAUGCAAAGAAAGUGUGUAUAUAGUUGGUUAUAAACCUCCUACUUUGGUUAUAAGGUUGCACUGUAUGUGUGAGAGAGAUCUAUAUUUUAAGAUUGUAAUGUUCAUAUAAUAAAAUUUUAAUUGUGAAAUCUG